AUGUCGACUCCUUCGCUGGGCAAGGUGAUGGUGAUUGGCGGCUGCGGCUUCCUGGGCCAUCACGUCGUCAACCUGCUGGUGCGCGACUACCUGCCCGAGAAGGCGGCGACGGGCGUGUGCGUGGUGGACCUGUUCUGCAGCCGCAACCGGCAGCCGGACUCUGCUGGCGUCACAUACUACGAGGCCGACAUCACCGACGCGGAGCGCAUGACGGCCAUUUUCCGCGAAUACAAGCCGGACGUCGUCGUGCACACGGCCAGCCCGCAGGCGCAGGCGUCGACCAAGGUGGCGGAUGCGCUGUUCUACAAGGUCAACGUCGAGGGCACGCGCACGGUCAUCGAGGCGUGCCAGGCGGCGGGCGUGCGCUGCCUCGUGUACACGAGCUCGGCCAGCAUCAUCUCGGACAACAAGACCGACCUGAUCAACGCCGACGAGCGCUGGCCGGUGAUCCGCGGCAAGGACCAGACCGAGUACUACUCGGAGACCAAGGCGGCGGCCGAGGAGCUUGUGCUGGCCGCCAACGACCGGGCAUCGCCCAAUGGCCUGCUGACGAGCUCGAUCCGCCCGUCGGGCAUCAACGGCGAGGGCGACAUGAUGACCACGUUCAACAUGGUCACCGUGUUCCGGCAGGGCCGCCACAACAUCCAGAUCGGCGACAACAUGAACCUGUUUGACUUUACGUACGUCGAGAACGUGGCGCACGCGCACCUGCUGGCGGCGCUGGCCCUGCGGGCGACGUCCCUGGCCAAGACGGCGCCGCUCGACCACGAGCGUGUGGACGGCGAGGCCUUUUUCAUUACCAACGGCAGCCCGAUUUACUUUUGGGACUUUGCGCGGACGGUGUGGAAGCACGCGGGCAACACGGAGGGCCUCGACAAGGUGGUGGUGCUGCCCCGCGCGGUCGGGCUCGCGCUGGGGCUGCUGAGCGAGAUUGUAUUUGGGAUUCUGCGCAAGCCGGCCAUGUUCAACCGGCAGCGGAUUGUGUACGCCUGCAUGACGCGGUACUACGACAUUAGCAAGGCGAAGCGGCUGCUGGGCUACGAGCCGAUUGUGUCUGUGGAGGAGGGCAUCAAGCGCGGCGUCGAGUGGUUCAAGGAGCAGGAGCGGUUGAAGGCCGGCCAGGCGUAA